AUGGACGUCCAGCCUUCUGGAAAUACUCUUCUCAUAUGUGUUACGGGUCGCCUAUUUGUUGAUAGCGAACAACAGCCUCAGCGUUAUUCCCAAGUAUUUCUAUUAAGCCAAUCUGGAACCAAUUUUUAUAUCCUUAACGAUGUUUUCCGCCUAAAUUACGCCUCCGCUUACGUGUUAAACUCCGUCUAUUUGCGAUUAAAUUUUUGGUCCAUACAUAUACUCCUAAUGGGGUUAUUAGUGCUGAUGCUUGCAGCGUUGAUUUUGCUGGUGUUCUGCGUUAAAGCUAGAAAUGGCAUUGUUGAUCUUUGGAGGGACAAGAGCAUCCUGCUUGUCAUUGCACAUCCGGAUGACGAGGUACUGUUCUUUGGGCCUACCUUGGUUCGCGGAUCAAAAAUUGCGAAUUUUCACAUUCUUUGCCUUACAUCCGGAGACAGCGCCGGCAUUGGCUGGAUACGCAAAAGGGAGUUGGUACGGUCUCUUGAACAACUGGGAAUCACCAACACGGAGAAGAUAUCAAUUAUCGACGAUCCAGGCUCCCUUCCGGAUGGCUUUACAUGUGCAUGGGACUUGGAAAAGGCUGCAAAGAUCAUUGAGGAGCAUAUUUUCAAAUGGAACAUUGAAAUACUGAUUUCCUUUGAUCACAUGGGAGUCUCUGGGCAUCCAAACCAUAUAAGCUCAUCUCAGGCAUGUGGUCUUGUCGCGGUUCGAACGGACAAUGUACCCUUUUAUUCACUCUAUUCAUUGAAUGACUUUUCGUUUUGGCCGCUUAACGUCGUGUGCAAGUAUUCUGGCAUGGUAUAUGCCGUUUUAAAAUCGUUUAUCAUACGCGAUUUGGUCCUGCUUUCCCCCUAUGAAUACUUGUUUACUCUGGUUCCAUCGAUGCAACGGCAUCGAUCACAGAUGGUUUGGUUUAGAAAGCUAUAUAUCGUAUUUUCAUGCUACAUGUUUUGCAAUAUUUAUCAUAAGAUAAAGGUUAAGGAAUAG